AUGGCCACUAUUCACAAACCUUCACAUCAGAAAUCGUCUGUUAGGAAAUCUCGCCCAAUAAUUCGAACCAAUGUGGUUUUUCCGAGUCCCCAAUCAAAGAAAUUACGCGAUUUGGUCUCUUUGUAUGAGCUAUUGAAUCUACUGGCCGAUCGUGUGGCGUGUGAACCAGAUGUCUACCAGAAACCGUUUAUUGAUCUAAUCUGCUUGUGCAAAUUACCACUGAUCAAAGAAUUGAGCUCGGAUGAGCAGACAUUUUUCAAUUUAUGUGUGGAUUGUCUGUCGCAGAUGGGCUAUUUGUUACGUGUCCAAGAUCAGUUGAUUCAGCGCACUAUUUGUCACACUCUGGACGAAUUCUACGAUCCGAUUAUGCUUCCACAAUACAAUUUUGAAGGUAUGACUCAUUUGUAUAUCAUUACAAAGCAGUGA